ACCGCCGCCUGCCCGACCGGGGUCGCCGCCACCCGCGCCCUCACACCUCGCCCGCGCCGCCACUGCCCCGCCUCGCGUCGUCGGCGCCCCUCACGACCCUGGCCCACACCUCCCUCGCAGCGCUCCCGGUCCGCUUGCCGCCCUGCCUCAUGGCGAGAGGGGAGGCGAUUUGGUCAAGCCGUCUGCGGUCCAGGUUUCUGGUGGCGACUGCUGCGUCUGGAGGUGUGCUGCCGCUACGUCUGCUUGGGUACACAGCCUGAAGGCUGGGGCGAGCUGCCAUGUGAUCUGAUAAGGCGGAUUGUCGAGGAUUAUCUGUCCUGCGGAAUUGACAGGCUACGCCUCUCAUGGAUCAACAGGCACUGGGGCGAAACCAUCCGCGAUAUGAAGCUGCCAGAUCUGCCAUGGAUGCUCCUUCCUUCAACCAGCACUCCGAUGUUUUUUGUACCUGUGACUCGGUGCCUGCACAAGAUCUGGCUUCCGGCUGCACUUAAGAGUGGGAUGCUGUGUGGGUCAUCGGGGCCAUGGAUAUUCAUCAGCCUCGGGUACCCGGAGCGCCAAUUCAUUGUAUACAACCUAUGCAAUGGAGAGAAGAGAGGUCGCAUUGACCUGCCGGUGACGAUACUGGACAAGGAAGGUAUGACUCACGAGGUCUGGGUUGAGAUGGCAGCCCUCUCACGCCCCCCUUCAACCGCUGGGUACACGGUGGCUGCAGUGGUAGGCAUUGGCGAAUCCCUUGUUCACACCAUAGCGACGUGGGAGUCCAAGGAUGAUCACUGGACUGAGAUUGGAACUGUGGAAGAUGGGGUGUUCGACAUGUUGUUCUAUCAGGGCUCCUUCCACUUCCUCACGUCCAAUGAAGAUCUGAUCAGGCUUGUUCCGGAGGGCCUCUCAUUCAGAAUGGAGCGUUAUCAUGUUAAGUUUCGCUCCAGCAAACCGAUUGAUGAUUACUAUGAAGCUCAGGAGAAAGGUUACAUACUGAGUAGGUACCUGGUGGAGUCCACAGCAGGACAUCUUCUGUUUGCCGUGAAAGUUACGCAUGAUAGCAAGAAAACAUUUGAUAUCAAGCUGCUGCGUCUGUCUGUUGACGAUGCCGGCCAAGCCAGGUGGGCCCAUUACAAGAACACAGCCGAUGAAAUGAUUUACCUAGGUCAGGCUUCCUCAGUAUCUUGUGUCAGUCAGGGUGAGCCAACCAUUCAUUUUCUUGAUGACCGUCUGGUGAAGAGCGAGGACGGGGUGGAUCACUACUACAGGUGGGACAUGGGAGGGUUGCAGCCCCAUGUCCUCCAGGUUGGCUGGUACGCUUACCGAACACCAAACGAAGAAUCCAGGUUCUGCUAUCGAGGACCAGACGACAUAGGAGCGACUGACAUACCAACACCAGUUUGGUGCAAGCCCCAGUCUGGUGGUUCUACCACUGACUGACUGCCACUCCUGUGACCAUCGUCGUCAAUGCUUAGUCCAGCUCCGCUUGUUUUCAAGGAUUCACAUUACCCCUUUCUCUCUUUACUCAUUAUAUGUAGUGAGUGUGUGCUAGCUGUAUGUGAAUUCUGCUCCCUAGGAUUGCAAUUCAUCUUAUUCCCUGUAUAUCUGGAUUCAUAAUGCGUCCUUUCAACUUUUGCUUGUAUGAAAGGUGAUCGUUACAUGGUUUGUAACAAGAGCCAAUUCUA